UCUUUCGACAAUGCGGCGGCGUGGUCACCGUCACCGGUGACGGCAAAGGCAUGUCGGGCCUAGCCAUGCUGUCGCUGCCAAGCCUGGCCCGGACCCAGCUGAAAACCCGGGGCAGCGUUCAGUACCUUCGCAGUGUCUACCGACCGCACAAUGUUCGACAAGCGAGCACAACAGUGCCUAAGGUGGCUGUGGAAGAAGCUAAGGCCGGGGAAGAGCUUGCUCCUAUCGCCUGCGCGGAGCCUCCGGUGCUGUUCGUGGCCAGGGCAGGCCGCCUGAUGAGCGUCCCAGAUUGCGCAUUCAGCCACGGCACGGACAUCGUGCUCCCCCCACCAGUCCAGCAAGCACCCAUCGAGCCUGGCGAGGAGUGGCACCGGCGUCACCUGGACCCUGCACGACUGCCCCACUACUACAUGGCACUGAGCAAGAUUCGGCUCACAGGUCUGGUAGUGACAACGACGCUGGCUGGUUACGCCAUGGCUCCUGGAGUUCUUGACCCCUGGGUUGUGCUCUUCACUGUGGCUGGAACUACGCUCACGUCGUGCGCUGCAAAUGCCAUUAACCAGUUCCUGGAGGUGCCGUACGACUCCCAGAUGAGCCGGACAAAGAACCGAGUCCUGGUGCGCGGAUUCCUCAGCCCUCUGCAUGCCGUGGGCUUUGCGGCAAGCACGGCGGGUCUGGGCCUCUGGCUGCUGUCGGCGGGCGCCAACGGCCUGACGGCGAUGCUGGGUGGUGCGAACCUGCUGCUGUACACGUGCGCCUACACUCCGCUGAAGCGCUGCUCCAUAGCCAACACCUGGCUGGGAUCCGUGGUGGGUGCCAUCCCACCGCUCAUGGGAUGGGCUGCCUGCACGGGCACCUUGGAUGCUGGUGCCUGCGUGCUGGGAGUGAUGCUCUACUCGUGGCAGUUCCCGCACUUCAACGCCCUCUCGUGGAACCUGCGGCCCGACUACUCGCGAGCCGGCUACCGCAUGAUGUCGGUGACCCACCCGGAUCUGUGCCGGCGCACUGCGCUCCGACACAGCAUCCUCCUCACAGCACUGUGCACUGCUGCAGCGCCUCUGAGUGAACUGACUACGUGGACCUUCGCCGCCACCUCACUGCCGCUCAACGCAUACCUGCUGUACCGUGCGUGGAACUUCUACCGCGAACCCGACAGUGCGACGUCGCGUGCCUUGUUUCGGCUGAGCUUGCUGUACUUGCCGGUUUUGAUUGUGCUCAUGCUGGUGAGCAAACGGCGAGACGGUGCACGUACGAAGCAGACUUCAGGUGCUGCAAAGCAGUUGCCGCCUGCGCUACCUACGGUAGGCUCCUGAGGGCCUCUACCUUAGGCCUCGGUGACUAGUUUUGGGGUAUCUGAACAGAGGCACCUGUACAUGCAUGAUUGCGGAAAGUUAGUGACCCUUUGGUUUUGGUAAGCUAUAAGGGUCUCAUGCUAGCAGUUCUGACAGAUCUCCUUGAGGCCUGCUGGAGCUGAAUGAAGAAUCUAGCAGGUUCUGAGGAGAAUGUGAGGCUGUCACGGUCACAGCUACACAGGCGCAAAACCCGCCUGCUUAUUUUCUGUCAUCCAGCAGAAGUAUUUUAGAGGCUCCGUUUUUCAAAUGAGAGGACAGAAUCUUUCUACUAUCUGUGAAGAUGGCAUUAGCAGUGAAGCUGUUAGGCAGUGAUGUACUGAUUUCACGGUGCUAUCAGAGUACGCCACACUUCACCAAGAAACUAAAGAUGCUUCUUCUGAAGGCAGCGUAGGCAAGCGUCGGUGUAGUUCCCGCAGCACAGGCCACAAGACGUGACUGAAUUCAGCAUUGGCACAGUUUUGCACACCAGCGCCUGAUUCAUAUGUUUACUGUUAUCGACACCAGACGCGGGAGCGUCGUCAUGUUGCAAGAAUCAUUUCAUCUACAUGCCUUGUCAUAAGGCAUUCGAACACCUAUGACAUCCCGUGGUGCACAUUUUCACGCCUGUCCGUAGGAUAUUUCACUUGCCAUGUCCAUGAUGCGUAAUUUAAGCCAUGUAACACGGACGAAGGCAUUUUGCUUCGCCGGAAUCAUGCACGAUGCAUGCUAGUCUGGAGCGAGUACUUAGCAGUUUGUUUUAGGGUCGGGUUGCAGCUUGCACAGUCGGUCAUUGUGCAAGCCUGUACGUACUGUACAUAGUAGGUACGUAGAUCUGUACAGACAUUUAUUGUAACAUAACUUUUUGCUUCUGGCAUGUCAAAUUUCUUGCUGCCUGCAUACGUGGAAAGCGUAAGAAAUCCAUCCGUGCCGAACAGUCAUCAAUGGCUGACAAGUCAGGUCAGUGAUGCAGUUAACACGUGCUUUUUCUUUUUUUUUUUCUAGGUGUUGAGGCUCUCUUGCAGUUUUGCGUGAUCUGUUAGGUUUGUCAACAUUUAAUCUGGUCCUCGCUAAGAGUAUUUCAUUGGCAGCCAAACUUUUAAUGGUAUCUGAUGAGUGCCUAGAAUAUUGUGAUGUAUGACUCUUUGUAUUUUCCAUGUUUGUUAUAACUGGGAAUCGAACUGAGUGUAGUCGUGGUCUUUGGAGAGUUCCAGACUAGUGGUUACAACUAUCUGAAUAAGUAAGAAAAAAUAAUAAUAAGGAAAGCUGCUAUGAGCCCUGCUUUAUAUGUUUUUAGUGACGUGUUAGUUGCUUCACUAUGGAGAAAAGUACCACGUGUUUACGUGCAGCUUUUCAAAAAGGUGUUUGGCUUUGGUGUCCGCACUGCCAUUGGAGCUGCAGGUUGACAUAUAUAUGCAAGCUCUCUGUACGAACAUAUGCAUUUCACAAAUGCUUGGUAACAUUUGUUCGUACAUAAACAAUUAUAUACUGCAGGCUUGUAUGUAAAACUCAUAGUUGUUAAUGCUUGCGCUGUAUCCACCAGAUAGUAAUACACUGGAAUCACUGGCUUAGUGAAUGCAGUGUUUGAAAAUAUGCAUUAGGAUUUCUAUCCACUGUGAUAAAGCUGUGUUAACCAAUAUAAUAAUCAUUAGUAUUGACAAGAAGCUGAUGUGCAAGUGUUUUUGGUUUGACAUUGCAAAUUGUUCACAAAGUUAGCCCCAUGGUUUUGAAGUUUCUAAUGAACAUGUGUGUCCGGUGAAUAAAUCUGUCUGGUGCCAACUGCCUGGCAUGCAGGCACCCUUUUUUUUUUCAGACUUAGAUGUAUGCUCUGUUGGAUUUGUUGACUAGACUUGAUUGAACCAUCUUUGGUGGCGCAUAAAGAUGGGCUUGUUGAUCAGAA